UUUGAAUAAUAAAUAUCUGAUAAUGUCUGAAGAAAAAAAGAAACCGAAAAAAAGCAAGUGCUGUAAACCCAAAACGUCUCUCAAAAUUCAAGUUUCAAAUAAACACUGCUCCCCACGACACACACGCAUACUCUCUCUCUUCCAUCUUCAAAAUCUUCCCUUUCAUAGAGCUUAAUUCCAUUUCUUGUAGUAAUUUAUGUUUCCAGUGGCCGUUACAUUAUUUUUGGAAUGUUAAAUGUUGCUUCAUUGAAUCUGUUGGUUUGGUAUUUUGAGUGUUUCCAGAACGAAGAAGAGCUAGGGUUUUUGGAGCUGAUUUGUCCAUAAUAGUGAUGGAUUAAGGAGUUUAGGGACUUGUUUUUGCAAUGAAUAGAAGCUUUAGAGCAGAGGAGUCGUUGUCGGGGCCGGGGCCGAGGCAGAGACAGCCUCUAAUGGGGAGUAUUAGGAGUUCCGAUGAGGAACUAUCCUUGUUUCUAGAAAUGCGAAGAAGGGAAAAUGACAGAAAUAAUACUCGAUUUCUUCAAAAAUCUGACGAAUUUGAUCCCCUUGGAUCAAAAAGUGGUAGUUCACCUGCAUUUAAUAUUGCAUCAGCUGCAACCCUGCGGAAGACUCGUGCUGAUGAGUUCCUUAAUACUGAUAAUGAUAAAACUGAUUACGACUGGCUUCUAACACCUCCAGGCACUCCUCUUUUUCCUUCUCUAGAGAUGGAAUCGCGCAAAACUAUGAUGAGUCAGCUGGGUACUUCUAGAGCUCAUCCCACUGCAUUGACAUCUAGAUUAACAAAUUCUCUCCUAGAGGCCACCUCAAGAAGCAACUUAGCAUCUAGACAGCUAGCUUCCUCUCAUGGAAUAAACACUUCAAGUUCUAGUCUUCGAAGACCAUCUUCUUCAGGUGGAUCAAGACCUUCAACUCCGACUGGUAGACCAACGUUGAGCUCAUCUAGAUCUACCUCGACCUCAGCAUCUAGAUCCACAUCUGCGGCAGCAACCAAAGCAAUGACAUCCACUGCAACCUCUAAAUCAAUGUCAACCGUGACGGCAUCUAGACCAUCAAGGUCUGCAACACCUACUUCUCGGGCCACCAUGCCUUCUGCAAAACCCACUGUUCCUCCAAGAUCUUCAACACCUAAUGCAAGGUCCAGUGCACGGUCCUCAACACCAACAAGCAGGGCCUCAGUUACUGUAUCAAAGUCAACAUCAAGGGCAGCAACUCCAACUCGUCGAGCGACUUCAGUGUCAAGUACAACAAAUUCAACUGUUCCUCCAGUUAAACCCGUGUCUUCCUCUUCGGGUACCAAGUCAGCUACAACGGCAUCACAAAACCCUGCAGCCUCACGUGCUAGUUCUCCAACUGUAAAACCCAGACCAUGGAAGCCUUCAGAUAUGCCAGGGUUCUCCCUUGACGCUCCACCCAAUUUGAGGACAUCACUACCUGACAGGCCAAUUUCAGCUACAAGGGGCAGACCUGGAGCAGCUAGUGUUAGAUCUUCAUCUGUUGAGCCAGCUUCAAAUGGAAGGGUUAGACGACAGUCAUGCUCUCCAGCAAGAGGACGUCCUCCUAACGGUAUUAUUCAUAGCAGUGGAAGCUCUGUUCCUGUCCCAUCCAUGAGCCGACUUCAUGCUAAAGCCAAUGACAAUGUAAGCCCUGGAAUGGUUGGGACCAAGAUGGUUGAAAGGGUAAUAAAUAUGCGGAAGCUGGUUCCUCCGAAACAAGAUGACAAACAUUCUCCACACAGUAACUUAUCUGCAAAGUCUUCGUCACCUGAUAGCUCAGGUUUUGGAAGAUCAUUGUCAAAGAAAUCCUUGGAUAUGGCUAUUAGACAUAUGGAUAUAAGGCAAAGAAUUUCGGGUAAUCUGCGUCCCUUGAUGACUAAUAUUCCAGCGUCCUCUAUGUACAGUGUGAGAUCAGGACCUAAUAGAGGCAGGACAAGCAGGACAAUUAGCGUGCCUGACUCCCCACUUGCCACGAGCAGUAAUGCUAGUUCUGAAGUGAGUGUAAGUAACAAUGCUGUGUGGGUUGAUGGAAGUGAAAUUGAUGAAGAUAUUAGCAGUGAUAAAGGUGCUCGAUCACCUGCCAGUGUGCGUGGGAGGUGAUGAUUGGCUUUCAUGCUGCAUGAUGCUUUCUAUGCUUUGGACCGGUGGCAGUUUGAGAGCUUGGACUCCUGAAUAUGAUUGUUUCCCAGGUAAAACUGACUGAUUUGAUUCACUUGACUAUGUAAAGAUUGAUGCACAUUGCACGGUCUGGCUGUAUUUUGAAGCAUUUGUAUUGUCAGUCCUGUUAAUGCCAAUCCCUCGGUUUUGUUCAUGAGAAAGGUGACAUAUAUAUGAGAUUAGAAUGUCUAAACA